UCGUCGGUAUACCAAACAAAAUAAAAAAUCCCCUUUCAAAUCGCAUUUAGCAUUUACGUAAACUUUGAAAAAUAAUAAAUAAAGAAACAAACAAGUUCGAAACAAAAUUAAAAGCUUUUUUUUGUACCUUCCUUUUGUUGUUAUUAUUAUGAAAUAAAAAGCCUAACAAGUUUUCACUCGAAUGCUAACCGUUGUGCUGUGUGCUGUGCUUGUUGUUGAGUCGUUUGUGGACUUUAAACCUAAUUCAAAACGCUAACCAAGCCAAUAUAUACUAUACACCUACAUAUAUAUCUAAUAUAUUAUAAUAAACAAAUGCAAUUUAUAAAUUAAAAUCAGCCCGGGAGAAAAAAGCGUGAUUAAGUUGUUAGUUUUCUGAAUAAUUUAAACAACCAACAAAAGCAAAAUAUUGAAUUAUAAGAAAAUUAAAGUACGAAGUGCAUUUGUUUAUUUAUUUUUGUGUUUCUGUUUUGCAUCUGAUUUGUUUCGAAAUAAAGUGCAAUUCAUUCAAAAACGAUUUUGAAAUAAUUUUCAAUUAGUACGAAAUAUAAGAAGAAGCAAAAAAAGCAAGCCAAGUGAUCUUUGUUCGGUUGAGAGCAAGUGUGGUGGAAUCUAUCAAACCUGCUCUGUUUGGAAACAUCUGUACCUACAAAAAAAGGUGCUCUCUAUAAUACGGCAAGUGUUUGAAACGUCAAAGCAGCCAAAUACUUUAUUUUUGAGAAUAAACUAAACUAAAAAAUAACUUCCGUGUGCUUUAUUAAAUAUAACAUAAUAAAUACAAGAAUAGUGAAAGUAUGCUUCUCGUUAAAUUGUAAAAAAAAACAUCAAAACGAUCUUGAAAGCUAGAUCACAUUAUAAAGACUUUGUCAUACAUCUCGGGCUUCACCUGUCAGAUUGUUAAGUUGAAGAACAUCAUCUCGUUUAUCGCUCUUUUGUAUGUUUAUGGGUUAAUCCAUUGCCUUACGUCAUUCAAAAUAACAGCUGUUUAAAUUAAACGCAACUACGAAUAAUCAACCAUUAACAAAAGAAGGCUUUAAGCUGAAAGAGAAAUAAAACUAAAAAAGAAAAAUGGAAAAGAAAUAAUUAAAAAAAUAUAUAUAUAAUAAAGCUAACAAAGAUCAUCAACAUUAGCAACCGUAUUCGCAGAAAAGAAGAACAAUUAAAUAACUAUUUAUACGAGUACGAUUCUGCUUUAAAUUCCAAAUAAAAAUCAGCACUUGAAUUCAUACUAUACUCGUUUACGGCAUUAAAAUGAAUAGCUUGGUGAAAGUUUUUAGUAACUUCAAGGAGUUCUAUAGUGAAAUCAAUGGAGCUACCCUUACAGGAGCUAUUGAUGUAAUUGUUGUUGAACAACCAGAUGGCGAAUUUCAAUGUUCUCCAUUUCAUGUGAGAUUUGGAAAACUAGGUGUUCUCAGAAGUCGUGAAAAAGUGGUUGACAUUGAAAUCAAUGGUGAACCAGUUGAUAUUCAUAUGAAAUUGGGCGAAUCCGGUGAAGCUUUCUUUGUUGAAGAGUGCGCCGAAGACGAUGUUGAAGAGUUGCCAGACAAUUUGGCAACGUCACCCAUUCCGAGUGAUUAUUUUCCCAACAAAUACACUGAUGUUGAUAUUGACGAUGCCGCUGAAAAAGCCAAAAAAGCUAGUGAAGACAUACCGAUGUCCUUGCCAUUGCCAAGACGAAAUUCAAUUGAUUUUUCCAAAGAAAGCAUUAAAGAAGACACCGUGCCCAAAUAUGAGAAUCAAGUUUCAGACUUUAGCCAUCGGAGGCACACUGACAAUGUCUUGGAACGCCGUAACUUAAGUGAAAAAAUCAAGGAAUACACGACACAAAAAAUUCGUCAAGAAUGGGCGGAGCACGAGGAGCAAAUAUUCCAAUUUGAUGUCACUGAAAAGAAUGAUUGGAGUAACAGCACUUUGAGACUGGAAGAGCCUGCUUCAAAAUCCUUACCUGUAGAAUUGAAGUUGGAAUCUACUACCUCACAACAGUCGUCUGAUGAUACUGUAACAAAACCAACAACUGAACCAGUUGAAUCAACUAAAACCGAAUCAACUGUUCCUAAUCCUAUAACCAAAGAACAAACAACAAGUGCUGUAGUAAGUGACCUACGUACUGAUAGUAUUAAGGAAGAAUCCAAGAGCAAAAAAAAACGACGCAAGAAGUCUCAAAUGAAAAAGAAAAACGCACAGCGUAAAAGUUCAUCGAGUAGUUCUGUGGGUAGUGCAAUUCAAUUGGAAACCAAUGAAGCCGAACCAGAUGCUGUUUCAAUGUCAAACAAUACCAAUUCAUCAAAUGACGAAUCACCAACAAAAACUGACGAAGCAAGUGAGACAAUUGCUCCAAGUCCGAUAAGUGAAUAUCAGACUAGCCCCAUAACACCAUCGAGUCGUAUUCAAGAUUUGGAUAUACAUUUCUUUAGCGACACUGAAGUUGCAUCGUCGGGAAGUCGCGCUGGUCGCCCUAGUACCCCCAUACAAAGUGACAGUGAAUUGGAGAUUUCUAUGCGAGAGAAAGACACUGAUGUUGAUAUGAAUUCGGCUUCAUGGAAAUGGGGUGAGCUUCCAACACAAAACGAUGAGCAAAAGGACAUUCAACAAGGACAAAGGAAUUCCAUGCUGAGUGGCAUGUUUAAUUUUAUGAAGAAAACCAAUAAGAUGCGUAAGAAUGCAACAGAUGGUGGUGUCUAUUUAUCAGAGUUGGAUGCUGAGGGUAUGGAUCCAGAAAUGGCUGCUAUGUACUUCCCCCUCAUAAAGGAUAAUACCAUAAUUGGAAAUGAGGAUGAUAGGGAAAGUGGCAAUGGAACGAGUCUUCCGCAUAGCCCAAGUUCCAUGGAAGGACCUAAAAGCUUAGAUUCCGACUAUGAGGAUGGAAAAUUACCUCAAGAUCCAAAAUACCUUGACUUUGUUGCAAUGUCAAUGUGUGGUGGCUCAGAAAAGGGAGAUCCUUCAGACGAAGAAUUUGACAGGAAUUUAAUUAAAUAUUCAGAUGUCUGCCAAAAUCCAAGCCUGUUUUCCUCGCCAAAUUUAAUUGUUCGUUUGAAUGGUAAAUACUACAGUUGGGCUGCUGCAUGCCCCAUCGUAAUGACCAUAAUAACAUUCCAGAAGCCCUUGUCUAACGACGCCAUUGAGCAAUUGAUGAACAAUUCAAAGAUUGAAAACGCAAAAGCUGACGGCGAUGUUGAGGGAAAUACAUCUGGUGGUGUGAAUGCCACUGCUGCUAAACGUUCUUGGUGGAAUUGGCGUCGUUCAGCCAGUGGAGGUAAUGUAGGUUUGAAAAAUCCUAAACUAGAUUCCAAGGAUGAAGAAAACAAAGCUUUAGGUUUGGAUUCUGAUCAGGCUGCUGUGGCAACACAAACAUCGCGCCCAACCUCACCCGAUGUUAGUAUGAGCGAAAACACCCUGAGCAAAACAGAAGAUUCCACUUUAAAUGCUGAAAACACUUCAGCGGCAGUUGAUAACGAUGAGCUUUCUCAAGAAUCAAUGUCAUCAACUAAAUUGGCUCUUAAGAAUGAAAAAUUCAAGAAAAGUCUAAGAUUAAGCUCGACAGCUAUUAAACAACUAAAUUUGAAAGCAGGCAUGAAUGAGAUCGAGUUCAGUGUGACAACGGCCUACCAAGGCACAAGUCGUUGCAAGUGUCAUCUCUAUCGUUGGAAACACAGUGACAAAGUGGUGAUUUCGGACAUAGAUGGAACUAUCACUAAAUCAGAUGUCUUGGGUCAUAUUCUUCCAAUGGUUGGCAAAGAUUGGGCCCAAUUGGGUGUUGCGCAAUUGUUUUCGAAAAUCGAAGAAAAUGGUUACAAAUUACUGUAUUUAUCAGCGCGAGCUAUUGGUCAAUCUCGAGCCACACGUGAAUACUUGCGAUCAAUUCGUCAAGGCGACGUUAAGUUACCCGACGGACCAUUACUCUUGAAUCCUACUUCAUUGAUCUCAGCUUUCCAUCGUGAAGUUAUUGAAAAGAAACCUGAACAAUUUAAAAUUGCUUGUCUGUCGGACAUUCAAGCAUUGUUCCCUGAGAAAAAUCCUUUCUAUGCUGGCUAUGGAAAUCGUAUAAAUGAUGUUUGGGCAUAUAGAGCAGUAGGAAUUCCUAUUAUGAGAAUAUUCACCAUAAACACUAAAGGAGAAUUGAAACAUGAACUCACACAAACAUUCCAAUCAUCAUACUGCAGCAUGACAUACAUUGUUGACCAACUUUUCCCGCCCAUCAAGUAUGACGAAGGAUCUAUUGAGUUUUCAAACUUUAACUACUGGCGUGAUCCCUUACCUGAGCUCGAAAUUGAACUCGAUGACACCAAACCUUCAUUUACAACAACAAACACCAACUUAUCGAAGCCCUUAAGCUCCAUUCCAGAAAACUAAAUAAAUAGAAAAUAUAAAAGCAACUACAUCAACAAUAAUAAAUUGACAAAAGAAAACAAUAUCAAUACCUUCUUAAAUUUUUUAAUGCAAACGAACUAUAGUAGAACAAAAAAAAAAAACAAACACAAACAAAACAUAUAAAUUUUUACCAAUUUGUCGAAUAUGCAAAACCAUAAUACCAAACCACAUAACCACAUAAAAUAGGAAAGCAAGCAUUUAAGCUCUGCAAUAAUAAUUCAUAAUCACAUAAUAUUAAAACAAAAUUCUUUUUCUUUUGUUUUUGUUCAAUUAAGCGCACUUUUAUUUUGAUUGAUGUGAUAUUAUAGGUUUUAUUUGUAUUUUAUAAAAAAUUAUACAUUUUUUUAAAAGCUCAAUCGAGAGUAUUUAAUUUUCCUUAAAAAGAUUAAUUGUUUUUAUACUUUAAGUUAUUUUUUAUUUAAGAUUUCCAGGUUCUUUUUGUGAUAAAAAAAUAUGUUUUUUUUUUCUUAGGUAUAUUUCUUUUUUUAUUUCGUGGAAUGAUUUGCAUUUCAAAAAGUAUUUAUUUUUAAUUUAUAUUCCAUUAAGAAACUACUGAUUAUGAAGUAAGGAACAAAAUUGUUUUAAAAAUUAUUAUUUUAUUUUUUAUUGAAACCUUCUAUUUUGUAAUUUUAAGAAAAAUUGUUUUUGGUUUAUUAUUUCUUUAAAAAAAAACAUAAAAAAGAAGCUUAUUAGGGCUUUUAAAUUAUUCUAGUAGUUAUUGUAAGUGUGUUUUUACGAAAUGUGUAAAAGAAAUUUUGCUUUUUUAUUAAAAUGGUUAUUUAAAACCAUUUUCGGAUAGCUUGAAACAGUUAGAAUAUUGUUAUUUACACAACAGAAAUUUGAAGAAAAAAAAUGAAACGCUUAGUUAAUAUUUUUUUUAUAAUCAUCUCUCAUACAUUCAUAAAUAUUCUACAUAUUUCCAUAAUCAUCAUUCAUAUACAUUCGAAAUGAAAGGCAUUAAAUUAUCUUAUAAAGAAUAAUCGUACUUAUAUUUAAUAUAUUAUUAUUAAAAUAGAAAGCUUAAAGCGUUCACAAAUAAAUAGAUGUAAUAAUCAGUUUAUCUGGUAAAACUAUGUAGAUUAAAUUUGUGGAAGCUUUUAAAAUGUUUCUUUAUAUUAUUAUAUAAAAAAAAAAAUAAGAAUGCAUACAUGAAUUGGCAAAAUAAAUAAAUAAUCAAUAUACGCUUGUGUUUAGAACAAA